AUGAGCCAGAAAUAUUGAAGGUUAUGGGCCCAGACAGGCACCAUAGCGACCGUCGUUAGAAAAUCAACAAGUGGAAAAUCUUCACCGGAAACUUCAAGAAGUUCUGAAGAUGGUUCUGGAUGGAUCAAGCGGAAGUGGUUCCGGUACUGGUUCCGGCGUAGCUGUUCCAAGCGUUUCCAGUUCAAGCUCCAUACCCGUUGGAGAGAGGCUACGUGGACGAAAAAACUAUCGAUCGUGGGCCUUGGCGAUGAAAUGGACGUUGAUACGGGAAGGAACGUGGAAAGCGGACGUUGACGUAAAAGAAGGUACUGCAGUAGAUCCAGCACUGUCUGAGCGAGCUUUAACGACGAUCUGCCUCGGGAUUACGCCUGCCAACUACAGUCACGUACAGGACGUUGAGACGGCACGUGAAGCCUGGACGAAGUUGAAGAAUGCGUUUUCGGACAGCGGAUUGACCCGGAGGAUGGGGUUGCUGCGAAAGCUGACAUCGUUGCGGCUGACAGAGUGCAGAACCGUCGAGGAAUACGUGAACGAGAUAAUGUCGACGAAGUACCAGUUGGACCAGAUCAACUUCAAGGUCGAUGACGACUGGUUGGCAAGUAUUCUACUCAUGGGGCUGCCGGAGAGCUACGGACCAAUGUUGAUGGGGUUGGAAGCAUCAGGAGCGAAAUUGACAGCAGACUUGAUCAAGACGAAGAUCCUGCAGGACGUGAAGAAAGAUGAUUACGUGACGUUAUCAGGAACCGAAGGAGCUUUUGUGAGUCACCAGAGAAGGCCGGCGAAGGACAAAACGAAGGUCAAGUGCUUCAAGUGUAAGCAAAUGAGCCAUUUUGCUUCAGAAUGCCAGUCACCGGGACCAGUAGAAAGCUCGAACUCGGGGCACCUGAAGACGACGGGCAACUCAGCAUUCAGCGUCGGUGCGAGGGCACCAGAAAGCGCGGGUUCGUGGAUCGAGGAGCGGCGAAUGUUUUGACGAGAACGGUGUCCGGCUCGAAAUUGAUUGAAGCUAGAAGAUGUUUGAGAGUUAAAAAAUCUAGCUUAAGGGGGGAUGUUGGCAUUAUAGUAAGCCACGAUUUUAAAAGAUACAAUAAAGAUCAUUACUUGUCUUAACCUACUACACUAAA